CAGUAUGACCUUGAACUUGUCAAAAAUGGGGAGUGCCAGGUUUUUGGCAGCUUAGAAUUAUAUCAUUGUACAUUUUGUAAACGUUUUUAUUGUAAUAAUGGAUCCCGCCGUCUUCCCUGAGGAAAUUUGGAUUGAAAUAUUGCUAUACUGUGAUGUACCUGAUAUUAUUGCUUUUGGAAGUACCUGUAAAUACCUGCGAAAGACCUCGGAUAAUGAUUAUUUAUGGAAGAUGAAAUGGUUGCAUCUGCUCUCCAAAGUACAAUUCAGAUUUCCAGAUAUAAAAUGUUUGCAAUUACUUGGCGUGAGUUUUAAAGCCACAUGCUAUAGACUUCAUAUGGUUCUCACAUUAGGUGAAGCUUUUCCAUUUCCAAAAUGUUGUCAUUGUAGUGGCUACACAUGUCAACGUAAUUGUGUGGAAAGUUCUAGUGCUAAAGUAGUUUUAGAAAUUGGUAAUAAAUUUACAUGGGUGAUAACGCCACAAAUUGGUUUAAAGAGGCAUUUUUCAAUGUUUGGCAUUCCAAAAUAUAAUGAUGAAAUGCACGCUGAACAAACACAAUUACGAAAUAAUAAUCCAAGUUGUAGUAGUCGACCGAAAGAUAGUAAAUCGUUGGCAAAAACGCUCAAAUUAUUAAAGCUUACCGAAUUAACGCCAACAACAAAAAUAACAAGACCGAGUGGUCCAUUUUGUGUAUUUUGCAAUUCAUUGAAACUCUAUCGUGAAAAAAGAAGAUUGGCAAAUCACCCAAAUGAUGCCUUUUAUACGCAUUCCAAUCCAGUUGAUCAGAGAUUAGUCAAUGGUUAUUGUUCGGAUGCUGUUGAUGUAUUGGGAAUACCAAAUGUUGAUGUUGUUUGUCCAGCUGAAGCAUUACUUUACGAUGGAUCAUUCUCCGUUUUGAAAGUAUAUAUCGAUCAUUUAUUUCAUCAAAUGAGAUUGACAACAACGUUGAGAAAACCAAAUGCUGUUUUAAUGUUUUGUGAACCAUUGGCCAUACAUCCCUCGCUUCGAAAACAAUUGCUGCAUUAUUUGUUUCAAGAAGUGAAAGUUGCAAGGGUUUGCUUGGUGCCAAAACCAUUGGCAGCGUGUGCAAUGUUGGAUAUUGAAACUUGUGUUGUGGUUGAUAGCGGUGCAUUGAGUACAACAGUCGCUGUUGUUAUUGGCGGACGAGUUAUUCCACAUCGAUGGAAAUUACUUCCAAUUGGUGGUUGGCAUGUUGCUUGUAAUUUAAAAAAUGCACUUUACUGGCAAGCAAAGGAAUAUCAUCAAAUUCCAAUAUCUUUCCUUGAUUAUAUGGCUGUUAAAGAGAAAUGCAAAUUAAAUUAUCGAAAUGAAACCGAGGAGAGAAAAUUUAAAGAUGAUAAGAAAAUGAAGGAUAGUGAUAGAAAAAUGAAAAAGGAGAAUAUUAAAUUCAAGGUUGAUACUUAUGCGGAUUAUAAACAACUUUGGAGAGUUUCUUUGGGUGAGGAAUUAUUUGUUGCUCCUGAGAUGAUGUAUGUGAGUUUAAAUUUGCCUCAAGUGAUAAAGGAAGUAACGUCAGGACUUUCGGAAGAGGUUUUACAAGAUUGUCUCUCGCAUAUUCUUUUGACAGGCGGUAAUACCGAUUUAUCAGGAUUUAAUCUUCGAUUAUCGAAAGAUUUACGUGAAUUACUUCCGGAAUAUAGUCAUAUCCUUGAAGUUAGAAGCUGCCCUGGUACGCACAGUUGGAACGCUGCCAUGGGAUCAACGUACGUUUCCUUGGAAGUUCAUCCUGAUAAAACACCACCGGAAUAUGUUGAAGGAUAUCCAUUCUGGCUUUCGCGUGAAGAAUACGUGCUUUUUGGAUGUGAAUCCCUAGAACAGCAUAGAAGAGGUAAAGUUGCUAGUUUUGAUUAAAAACAGAAAAACAAAAAUAUUGAGCAAAAAUCAUACUCAAAAGUAUCCCCCCCUCUCCCCUUAUAUAAUAUCGCAUAAUAUCAAGAAAGUAAAUGUUACCAUUAUGUAAUAUAUUUUAUCCCAUGUUGUCUAUGAACUUACAAAUUUGAAUUUGAAGGCAGUAAUCUUUCAUUAUCGAAACGAUGUUUCGCGAAAAAAUUGAUUUUUUUCAACGCAUAUCUAUAAUAUUGAAAAAAUCUAUAAAAUUGAAUCUGUACAAAAAUGAGAGUAAUUCAAAAUUGCAUUUAUAUUAAAAUCUAGAGGCUAAUUUACUGCACUUAGCCGUUUUACAAAAUGAAUUCAAAUUUUUCUAAAAAUGCAUCAUUAGUGUGUAAUUUUAAUGAAUUUCUUUUCAAUUUUUAUAUGAGAUGUAGUUUGAUGUUUUAUUUUCUUUUUAUUUAUAAAAAAAAAAAUUGGCUGGAGCUGCGCUUCAAGUUUGAAAAGAAAAAAAAACUCUGAGAAAGAUAAUCUUUCUAGUGAUUCUUAUUUGUUCAUAUAAUAUUUAAUAUCUUCUUGCUCUAAGCAAGAUUAAAUUUAGAAGGAGAAAAAAAAAUUACUUAACGUGAAAAUGAACGUAAUCGUUUUUGGCAAAUGACUUAAGGAAGUUCUCUCGCAAACAGAAAUGACGAAGAGUUAAUUAUCAAACUUGAUAAACUGAUAGAUAAUGGUUUAAAGAAGAUGUAGUUAAAUUUUUAGAGGUCUAGGUGGAUUUUGACAAAAGAUAUAAAUAAUUUUCUCUUUUCACAUUUAACACGGGUUCUUAUGGGAAAUUGAAUUUUUUGGUCUGAAAUCUCAAAUUGUGAAAAAUCUGACGAAAAGAUAUUACUGGAACUUUAUAUACAUAAAGUUUAAUAGCCAAUGUUCACUUACUUUUAAUAAAAUUGAUCAGACCUGGCUUAGGAGACUCACAAUUAAUUAUUUUGUCUAAAAAAACACCGUAUUUUGACAAUCAGAAAUUACUUAGCACAACGCUUGGCAACGUUGCGUCUUGUAGGUUAGGUAUAGAAAAAGCGCGAAAUUUGAAAGUAAUAUAAGUAGUAUAUACAUAUAAUAGUAUAUUCUUCAAAGAUUCAUAAUAAUGAAUAAUAAUUUGAAUUUGCUUAUAAAAAAUUAAGAUUUUUAAAAUAAUAAAUUAUUAUUAUUAUUAUUUAACGAAAAUAAAUCAAACAAUAGCAGACGACACGAAACGGAACGGGGGAAAUAUAAUCCAACGUUGCCAAGCGUUGAGCUAGUACUACGUGAUACAAAUGAAAACUUAAAUGGGGAUUGAUUUGACUGACGUUGGAGGGAGAGAACUUCCUUAAUUCAAACAACAUUUUAUUUUCAUUUUUUUUUAAGUAUUGAUUUAUUUUUUUAAACAUUGUUUUUUAAAUUAAAAAAAAUUUAAUUGAAUUUUUAAAUCGUAUUACGUUUUUACGUUGAGAAAAAUGUGUUCAAAACAUUGUUAAGUAAUUAAAAGAUUUUAUUUUUAAAAAUUUUUUAUUCUUUUUUAAAACUACUUAGAGAGUAGUUUUCUUUUUGAUGUAUUUUAUUUUUUUAUAUGGAGUUUUAAAAAAAAUAUAUCGUGGUAAUUGUUAUUUUUUCUUUAUUAUUAAUUUAAUGUCAAAAAAAACUGCCUGUUAUGUACAGUUUGAAACUGUUAUAAAUUUAUUAAAAUGAAGGCAAAAAAAAUGUGUUAUAAAAAGAGUUUUGAGAAGAGAUUUUUUGUGUAGAAUUUGAAAAUUACAAUUUACGAAUUAGAUUCGAAUUGGUAAUUGACGUGAUAAAUGAACGUCGGAUUUUAUUAAAUGUGUAUUAUACAUUGUUUGUAAAUAUACAAAAAAAAGAGAAGUAGAAAAAAAACGUUUGAAUUGAAAUGGAUUAAGUAUUAUACGAUGACGAUCGUUGUAUUUCUAAAUAAUGAAGUUGUUUGCUAUUUCGUAUAUUUAUAUAUAUAUUGGAAUGAAAUUUGCCAAAACAUUAAUUUUGUGAAUUGUGAGUGAAAAAAAGAAAGAUGAUGGAUAUAAUAGAGAAAUUUCUAGUCACGGAAAUAACGAUUUAGUCGUAAGAGAGCUUACUUCCAAGAUAAUUUAUUCGUUCAAUUAGCUAUUUGUAAUAAUAUAUUAUUAUUAGGUAGUUGUAGAAAUUGUGAAUCUCUACUUUUUAAUUUUACAAAAAUCAUCAAUAAAUGUUACUGUACAAUGUGAUCAUCGAAGAUCCCGCCAAGCUGCGAGCUAAUUAAUGUUCGUUUGGUAAUUCUAGAGUGAGAGCUCCUUAGGAAAUUUAUAAUGUCAUGCAAGUAUUUCAAUCGUAUAUCUUACGACGAUAAUAAUUUGUAAUGUAAUCUAGAUAAGGUGUGUAAUGUAUCAAUGCUUGGACGAUUAAAUUAAGACCUUGAUCAUGA